ACCAGAAAUGGCAAUCCCUUCGUCCCUCGUCUUCUUUUUGCAUAAAUGUUUCUUGUUUGUAAUUAGGUUUGAGAAAUACUACAGCUUUGGUGGAAGACAUUCUAUUAUAUGGUAAUAUGAACUGGUAGUUUGGAGCAUGCAUUGUAACAGAGUUACAGUUUUUGAUGUGACAGCUAACUGGGGGUCCAAAACGUUGACAUUAAAGGAAGUUUACGCAACAGAAGGAGCGGAUAAACCAUCAGUUGCCAGUUCUCAUUAACUUUUACCAGGUUUCACUUAGACGAGGAAGCUGUAUUUUCCUCUUUUGUGUUAAACAUGAACGGAAAGAGGAAGUAUUUUCUGUCUGCUUGAUGAGCGCUCUCAAACGCCGCAUGUCCAGUUCUCUGCCUGAUCUGAGAGGAGUGGAGUCUUCUCAGUCAUGGAUGUCUACAGAGAAGCUGUGGAUUAUCUGGAGUCCCAACAUGUUUCAGCAGAGGCUGAAACAGACAUCACAGAGGAGGAUGUCUUUCAGGAGGAGGUGGUUUCCAGCUUUCUCUCAACCAUGAACAUUGAGAGCAUAGACCUUCCCGACACCCCAUUGUUCAGUCCAGAGGAAAUGUUGGAGAAAAGGCUUGUGGUCCUCAAAGGAAUCCUGGAGAGCGAGGAGCUUUAUCUAGCCGAACUGGACACGCUGCUUAUGCCCAUGAAGGCUCUGCGGGCCUCAGCUGGAACCUCUCAGCCAGUGUUGUCAAACCAACAGAUCCAGACUGUUUUCUACCAGGUACCUGAGCUCAGAGAUGUUCACAGAAGCUUUUACUCAGAUCUGAAGACCCGUGUGGACACUCACUGCCAGAACAAGCUCGCCGAAGAAUUAGGGACGAGAAACUUUGAGUUGGAAGUGGGGGACCUUUUUCUGAAACUGGUUAACCACAUUUGUCUUUAUGGGGGCUUCAUUGAAAACUAUGAGAAAGCCGUGGAAGUCGUCAGAAAGUGCACAAACUCAGAUCCUCGCUUUCGAACCCUUGCAGAGAGCAUGAUGUCUACCAAUGGCACAGACAAAGCUCGAACCAAAUACACGUUUGAAGCUCUACUCUACAAGCCUUUGGACAGGGUAACCAAGACCACAUUAGUCCUGGGUGACCUGCUGAAGACGACGCCAGCGGAGCACCGAGACUAUGCAGCCUUGCAGGAAGCCCUGAGACUGUCUCGCAGCUUCCUCUCUGGCGUCAAUGAGAGUUCACAAAGCAAACGGGACGUCAUGCUGAGUCACGACAUGAGGCGUCAACUGAUGCGCGACGGUUUUGUGGUGGACGGCAGCGAAGGCCACCGCAGCGUGCGACACCUUUUCCUUUACACUGACCUCCUGCUGUGCACCAGAUUCAAACACGCAACCAGAGGGAAGCAGGACCAGUACAGGUUCUCGUGGUACCUGCCCCUCGCUGGCCUCAAACUCUGUUGGGCCGCGGAGCAGGAGCGAGCGCCCGACGUGAACGUCCGCUUACACAGCAUCAGAACCAAGAUGCACCUCCUACGGCAGCAGCUGAAACAGCAUUCAAGAGCUUCCAGGGGGCUGGUUUUCACGGCUCGCAACAAGAAGAAAAUGGAAGAAUUGGAGCUCAUGCUAUUCACAUACUCUCCUCUGUACAGAUUGGAGCUGUUCAGCUCAAGUGGCAAGAGUCACACUCUCCUCUUUUCGUCACUGUAUGAGCUGGAAGAAUGGAGAGAGAACAUCUACAAACUAACCUCAGGAACCAUCGAAACCGUCCCUCCAGACCUCCUCACUCUCACCGGCGCCUGUGUCAAACUGAGAAUGACCCAGCUGCCCCCGUUCCACAGCUUGAAAAGCGGGCACGACAGGGACUCGUUAUGUGGGACUUUAACGGUGGCCAUUCAUUCAGCUUCAGGCCUGCAGCAGCCUGCUGGUGUGUAUGUAUGCGUGGAAGUGGACGGCUUUGAGUUUUAUGACAGACAAGCCCAGACUCACUCGUCAGUCCACAGCCUCAACCCACACUGGGACCAGGAGUUGUCCUUCCAGGUGGAUGGGGCACAGAGCAUGAGGCUGGUGUGCGUGAGUCAGAUGAAUGAACAGGAUGAUACUGUUCUGGGAAAAACUACCGUCGAGUUGGAGUCUAAAACCCUGAGCGAGCGAUGGAGGAGGCAGACGCUGCGACUGGGUCAGGUGGAUUUGACCAUUUCCUUGAAGUACAAUCCCCACCCGCUGGAACCGCCCAGCUCCUCUGUCCAACAGCUGCCCCUUUUCGGUGUACCCAUUGAAAAAGUCGCACAACAGGAGGGAGUGCUUGUUCCUCAUGUGGUGCGAUGCUGCGUGGAGGAAGUGGAGAGGAGAGGCAUGCAAGAGGUGGGAAUCUACAGAAUCUCGGGAACCAGCAGUGAUGUCAACUUUCUCAAAGCAGCUUUCAACAGCAAUCUGCGGGAAGCCGUUAGCAGACUGAGAAAUGCAGAAGUGAACUCCGUCUCCGGGGUCCUCAAGUUGUACCUCAGAGAACUGCCUGAGCCGCUCAUCCCCGCAGAGCUGUUUCAGAGUCUGGCAGAAAGCCUGAAGAUCCAGGAUGAGAACUCUCGGCAGGCCUCCAUGCUGUCGCUGCUGCGGUCCUGUCCCCACGCCAACCAGCACACCUUCCUGUACCUCAUGCAUCACUUGCAACGAGUUGCAGAAAUGCAAGACUUCAACAAAAUGACUUUGAUGAACUUGGCUACAGUUUUUGGUCCAAGUCUGUUACGCCCCCCAGUGGCUGGACUGAACGGGGCCUCUCUGGACAUUUCCCACGAGGUGGUCGUCCAGGUCCAGGUGGUUCUCUGCUACCUUCAGUGCAACAACCUCCCCGAGGCCCAGACGUCUCUGCCGCACGACGACGCGGACGACGAAGACGAGACCACCCACAUGUGAGGCCACCAUCUGCGUGGGGGCUGGACAGGAGAUCCAAGCAGUGUGUGGACAAUAAAGUAUUUAUUCAGAACAGUAGAA